ACACGACAUUUGCAAAUCCAGACCGACGGCGGGUGAUCUCGCUCUCCAUUGUUGGAUCUCGAGGAGGGAGAGAGAGAGUGAUGUCCGGCGGUGGGGGUCUUACCGCCGGAGACCGGAGGAUUCUGACAGCAAUUAACACUGGAGCUUCGAGUCUCUCCUUCGCCGGCUCUGCCUUCAUCGUCCUCUGCUACUGCCUCUUCAAGGAACUCCGCAAGUUCUCCUUCAAGCUCGUUUUCUACCUCGCUCUCUCUGACAUGCUCUGCAGUUUCUUCCUGAUCGUUGGGGAUCCGUCAAGGGGUUUCUUUUGUUACGCACAGGGCUAUAGCACUCAUUUUUUCUGCGUAGCUUCCUUCCUGUGGACAACCACCAUUGCUUUCACUCUUCACCGCACUGUUGUCAGACAUAAAACAGAUGUCGAGGAUUUAGAGGCCAUGUUUCACUUGUACGUCUGGGGAAGUUCCUUGGUUGUGACUGUCAUUCGCUCUUUUGGUAACAACCAUUCUCAUUUGGGGCCAUGGUGCUGGACGCAGACUGGUCUAAAAGGAAAGGCCGUUCACUUUUUAACAUUUUACGCUCCUCUGUGGGGUGCCAUUUUGUACAAUGGUUUUACCUACUUCCAAGUUAUACGGAUGCUAAAAAACGCGAGACGUAUGGCGGUUGGAAUGUCAGACAGAGCAGAUCAACUAGAUGCGAGAGCCGACAUGAAGGCUUUGAAUCGAUGGGGAUACUAUCCACUCAUUCUAAUAGGAUCGUGGGCAUUUGGCACCAUUAACCGCAUUCAUGAUUUCAUUGAGCCAGGUCAUAAAAUCUUUUGGCUUUCCGUUCUUGAUAUAGGAACGGCAGCUCUUAUGGGCUUGUUCAACUCAAUAGCAUAUGGUCUCAACAGCUCAGUGCGGCGAGCAAUCUAUGAAAGACUGGAGCUGUUCCUGCCGGAGAGGCUCUAUAGAUGGCUUCCGAGCAGCUCAAGGCCGAGGAACCACCAUCAACAGCUGCAACAUCGAAGUGAACUGGUCUCGCUUAAGAUUGAGGAGCAGCAAUAACAAACACAUACUCUUUCUGCACUGUAUUCAUCAGGAUAAGAUUUCGUAUGAGCUGAGAGACGAUUUUGCAGAAUCAGAGCCUGGUACGACGUCCUUCUCUCUACUUGCGGUUUGGUAGCCUGUUUGUGGAAAUUAUCAUCGGCGUAUGGGAAGACUUGAAACUGGAAGCUUGUUGCCGAGUAGCGUGAAGAUUGGUACUUGUUCCCAAAGUUCCAAUUAUGUUUGUGGUCAAGGGAAGGAGUGUGGGGGCUUGAUUGAUAAAAGUAUCUGUUUUCUGGAUACAAUUCAUUGUUUCACAUGAAUCAAUAUUUUUUUUAACAGAAUACAUUAUUAGAGGGUUUUGAUCCUAACUAGUGAUGGGAAUUUCUGAUGAAUAGGUCUGUUGCAGCUGCGCAUAGAACGGAACCUUGGAUCUCUAGUUUAUAGGGAUCUUUAAUUUCAGAAUGUGUCAGAAAAUGGAUUUUUGUU